AUGUCAAAUUGUUAUACAACUACAACAAGAAUUACCAAUGAAGAUCCAAAAGGCAAAUCAAACAAUAAAUAUAUAACAAUUCAACAACAAAAUGAUAUAAAAUUGAAUAAUUGUUUACCGAUAUUAGUAGAAAUAAGUUGGCAAAAAGUAGUUGGAAAUAAUGAAAGAAUAUUUUUAUCACAAUUGAGGAAUUUAUUUAAUGAGAUGGAAAAAAUACUAAAGAUAAAUUCAAUAUUUAAUGCAAAGGAAUUGAAUUUAAUAGAAUCAUUUAUUAUAACUAAACCAACUUAUAGAUUAAAUAAAAAAGAAUUGGUUAAAUUCAUAUUAAAACUGAUUCAUUUAAAUUCUUUUGAAAAUUUGUUGGUGGAGAGGUUUCAAUUUGAUGAUUACUAUAUUGCAGAAUGCAUAAAUAAUGCUUUAAAUGGUGUAAAAAACAAUACAAAUAGUAUAAAGAAUGAAUAUUAUGAAAAUAGAAGAAAUGCCUGGAGUUCCAAUAGUUCAAUAAAGGAAAAAAAUUCCAAUGAGACAAGUGGAAAAAUCAUGCAAUUGGAGUUGAACGAGUUGAAAAAAGUUAAUAAAAAUCAAGAGAAAGAAUUAAGAAGCCUAAGGCUAGAGAAUGAAAAAUUGAAUGACCAAAUAUUUCAACUAAUUAAAAAAACAUCAUCAACUAAUGAACUUAACGAUAGUUCAAACUCCCUAGAAUUAGCAGAACAAAGACUAAAAAUCAAAGAAUUAACAAAUCAGUGUGAAACAUAUAAAUUAGAGAACGAAUUGCUAAAAGAAAAUGAAGCUCAAAUUAUAAAGUCUGUGGAAACACUAGAAGGUAAUAUAUUAAAACAAGAUAAAUUGAUUGAAUAUCUUAAACAAAAACUACCUAUUGAAAAAUUCAACCAAACCAAUCACAAAGUUUUAAACUUUAUCAAAAAAAUUCCAUACCUAAAAUCAUACUAUUAUAAAUUAAAUACAACAGAGGAUUUAAAGGAUACUAAAAUAUUUGUACUUUUUAUGUUUUCAAUUUUUGCAAUAUUUACUAUACUUUUAUCAACCCUUCAACUUAUAAUAACAUUAACCAGAAAGUCAAAUUCAAAUAAUAUUGGCUAUGUAUAUGACAACUACAGUAGCGAGUCGGAAAACAAUUUAUUUUGGAGACUAUCUAUUGCAACAAUUGGACAGCUACCUUAUAUAGAAAAGCUAAUGUACGAUAUAAUUGAUUGGUGA